CCUCAUUCCUCCUCCCACUCCUUCGUUCUUCAGUGCCCUUUAGCAUUGUGCUCUCUCUCUCUCUCUCUCUCUCUCUCUCCCCAGAGUUCUCUUCUUGCAAGAAAGAAACUCUCUCUCUCUCUCUCUCUCUCUCUCUCUCUCUCUCUCUCGUUCAUCAUUUUGGUAUUGGCAUUUUAAUCUGGUUUCUUGAACGAAAUGGAAUUCGACGAUCGAUUCAUGCAGGCUCAGAGGACAAAGUACGAUUGCCUUUUGUUCGAUCUUGAUGAUACACUGUAUCCCUAUAGUAGUGGGAUUGCCACAGCAUGCAGAAUCAACAUAGAAGAUUAUAUGGUUGAAAAGCUUGGCAUUGACAGGAGCAUAAUCCCUGAGUUGGGUAACCUUCUGUACAAGAAUUAUGGAACAACAAUGGCUGGUCUCAGGGCAAUUGGCUAUGACUUUGACUACGAUAAAUAUCACAGUUUUGUCCAUGGAAGAUUACCUUAUGACAACAUAAAACCCGACCCGGUUUUGAGGAGCCUCUUGCUGAACCUGCCUUACAGGAAGAUUAUAUUCACAAAUGCAGACAAGAUCCAUGCUGCUAAAGCACUAAGCAGGCUUGGAUUGGAAGACAUUUUUGAAGGGAUUAUCUGCUUUGAGACCCUCAAUCCGAUUCACAAAAACACUGUCUCUGACGACGAAGAUGACAUCGAAUUCGUGGGAUUAAGCAGCACUACCUCCAUUACUAGCAGCUCUCAAAUUUUUGACAUCAUUGGCCAUUUUGCUACACCAAACCCCACUUCCAAACUACCCAAAACUCCAAUCGUCUGCAAACCAUCUGAAGACUCCAUCGAACGGGCUCUCAAGAUAGCCAACAUCAACCCUCAAAGAACAUUGUUCUUUGAAGAUAGUGUCCGCAACAUACAAGCUGGCAAAAGAGUGGGACUUCAAACUGUACUGGUUGGCACAUCUCAGAGAGUAAAAGGUGCAGAUUUUGCUUUGGAAAGCAUUCACAACCUCAGAGAAGCAAUACCAGAGCUUUGGGAGGCUGAUAGGAAAUCUGAAGUUGGUUACUCUGGGAAGGUUGCUGUGGAGACAUCAGUCACGGCUUAGAUUUGUGCCCAAGAUGACUAAUUAAGUUUUCAUGAGGAACGAAAUCAUGUUUUUUGGGAUUUUACCAUCCCAUUUCCCUCAUCGUAAAAAAUCUCAUUUUCCUUGUCUCAUUGUAAUCCCAUGUUAAUUAUAAUAAAAAUAUAACUUUAUGUUCUCAUA